AUGGUGGCCCUGUCGUGUAGUAAGGAUGGUGCUCCGAGCAAGUUGUGGAGGAGGAGGAGAGGGGUCGGGGGGGCGUCUCCAAGAGGCGAGGGGAAAAAAAAGCACACUAAACCCGGCCGAGCUGUGGUGGAAACUUGCAAGCAGCAUGCUGCCCCUCCCCAUAAAGGUGUUCAAUCCUUGCCUAUUGUGGCACGACUGGAGCAGCAUUUUGCCGUCCCCAGCGAGCGCCUGAACGGCAGCUGCUCUACACGUACUAUGCACUGGGCUGGUCUGCACUGCGUAUGCGCCGUGCAGGGCGCCUACGUUUUGGGCGCUCUGCCUCCAGCCACGGGCACAUGUACAGGCCCGGGCACAGGCACAGGCACAGGCAGAACGCUCAGAAUUGACGCUCUUGCCAUAUGUUCAUGGAUGGUCCCUCCUUCCCCAUCAAGGCCCGUCUCUCCCCAGUCCUGGUUGCCGUUGGAUCUCUGGCACGGCAGGUGCUCUACACACACCCCCACUGGCAGGGAAAGACCUACCCAAACAGCAUAUAGCUCGCCGCCCAGGCAACCCCCGAGGACAGACGGCAUGUCCAUCCAGCAGGGAGCGCGGCGCCCGACCUUCCCUGGAGGGGAGACGACGGUGAGGGAGCACGGGGCAGGAACAGCGCCGAGACAGAAGGGUGACGGCGAGGCCGCACUCCUGCAGGCCUGGCCUCGGCCGCUGUGUUCGCCCUGCCGCUGCUCGCUCGCUCCAUCAUUUCCUCAUUUUGGCUGCCUUGCCGUCGCCGUCGUCUUCCUGUUCUGUUUCUCGUUCCGUCUCGUCGUAAAUGCACAUGGUCCCCCUCCAUUUCCACCCCCGUCUUGCUCUAGUUUGCGGUAUUUCGGUCGCAUGGGGCAAGCAUGGGUCAAGCAUGACGACCUUUUUUUUCAACAGGUGUUUUGA